AUGUCAGAUGUUCACACCGACCGACCUCGAGUCGUCGACUUUGAUCCUGAAAUCGCCGAACAGUGUCUGAAAUCACUCAAAGCAAUAAACGACACCUGCAAGAGGGUCUUGAAUGAGUUCAGAGCGACGCGAUCAGUUGAAGUAAUUGGGUUUUUGACCAAAGAGAGAGUCCCAUUACCUCCCAAUCCAAGGAACGGUCGUGAUUAUCCAGAGGGUAUGCCUAGCGAAUAUCAACUUAUUCCAUUCUUCGCUGAUAUUCGUUCACUCCCCGAUGAACAUCUCAACACCUGGCUGGGUUUCUACGAUAAGACCUAUACGGAUGAUGUGAAUCGAUCGGAUAAGGAGAUAAUGCUCUUUCAAGCUCUUGUGAAGACAUCUCGGCCGGAGUUACUCGUUGACGAGGAAGGAGAGGAGCAAGAGCAAGAGCAAGAGCAAGAAGAUGAGCUUAACGGUCAUCAGGCUGAUAACAACAAGAAGAACAAAGGUGGGAGAAAGAGAGGAAGAAGUAGCGCGACUAAUAAAAGCUCUGUGCAAGCUAAGGACAAGAGGUCAAAGAGGAACCCCAAGAAAUGA